GGUCAAUAUGAUUUUUCUGUACCUGUGUUUGGGUAUUGUCUCCGCAUCAGUACUUCAGUACGAUCCACGAACAGCUCUGCAAUCGUUACUCUCUAAGCGCUUGACAAUACCUUCAUACUUCACCUCACAUUAUGACAAAAGGACGCUGGAUUUUGAUGAUCCCAGAUUGCUAUCUGCAGCAUUCGGCAAACGAAGUGGGGCUCCUUCUCAAUUAACUGACCGCUUACUAGUCGCGAAGCGUAUUCCCUAUCUCGCCGGAGAUGGAUCCGACGAUUCGUAUGUGAAGCGAGAUCACAUCGAAGUACUAGAUCCGAGAUUCUUCACAAACUCAUUUGGAAAACGCUCAGAGUUCUACCUAGAUGACCCAAGGUUUUCAUCGAUGUCUUUCGGAAGGCGACGAUGAGUAAAAUGAGGGGAAGCGAUUUCAGAUUCGAUCUCCGUUGGCAUGUGUAUUUUCAAUAUGCUCGUACUGAUGUAAGAUCAGUUAUCAAAGGAUCAUAG